AUGGCUAUGAACCACGUUGGAUACCCAAACACCGCGUCCCUCUAUACUGUCAACCGCGCAUGUUCUUCUUCGCUCCAAGCCAUCUCAUCCAUAGCUUCUCAGAUCCGGACAGGGAUGAUCUCUGUGGGAAUUGGAGCGGGAAUGGAAAGCAUGACGCGCAACUACGGGAGCCGAGCUAUCCCAACUGACCUCUGGCCUGCUCUUAGAGAGUCUCCUGCGAAAGAUGCUCUGGACUGCAUUCUUCCAAUGGGCGUUACUUCGGAAAAUGUAGCCGAGCGUUACAGUAUCUCGCGGGAGGAUCAGGAUGCUUUUGCAGUUAGCAGUCACCUCAAGGCGGCAGAAGCCCGAGCAUCUGGACUUUUCUUGGAUGAGAUUGUCCCCGUUUUGCAAAAGCAACCUGAUGGACUAGGAGACGUUAUCGUCGAUACGGACGAUGGUAUUCGAUCUCAGGCAAGUCUGGAAGGCCUAGCAAAGUUGAAACCGGCCUUCAGAGAGACCGGAACCUCGACCGCUGGUAACUCAUCUCAAGUCUCAGACGGUGCUGCUGCAACACUUCUCAUGAGACGCAGCAUUGCAAAUGAACUCGGUCUGGGCGGCAACAUCAUGGGCAAAUUUGUUUCCGCUAUCACAGUAGGCUGUGCGCCAGAUGAAAUGGGUGUCGGGCCGGCGAUUGCGAUCCCAAAGCUACUGGACAGCACUGGCCUCACGAAGGAUGAUAUCCACAGAUGGGAAAUCAACGAGGCUUUCGCAAGCCAGGCAAUCUAUUGCUUAAGAAAACUAGGUCUCGAAGGGGCAUACGAGAAUAACAAUAUCAACCCUAACGGAGGCGCCAUUGCUUUGGGGCAUCCGCUGGGUGCUACAGGUGCAAGACUGACCAGUACGCUACUACAUGGCUUGGGGCGGGCCGAUGGCGGUGAGCUGGGGGUUGUGAGUAUGUGCGUUGGAACUGGUAUGGGUAUGGCCGGAUUGUUUGUACGAGAAUGA